UCAAAUAAAGCGAAGAGUAAAGAGUAUAAGGACUCAAAUCCUAUAGAUAUAUAUCAUAGAUUUCUUUAUCCACACUCAGAUUUUAUUGCUGAAAUGCUUAAUAAACUGAAGAAGGAGAUAAACCAGAGUAGGUUUCAGCAUCAUAUUGAUCCUGUUGAGUCUGCACUUAAAUUGCUUGAUAAAUACAACCAAGGAAUUAAUGUUACUGAGAUAUAUAUAGAUGCAAUAUAUAGGACUGCAAGGGGACACUAUGAGCUCUAUGGUAUUAUAGUUAAUAUUGAGAGUACUGGGUUUCCAAUUGCUUACUUAGUACUUAAAACUAAAAAGGCGAAGAAUACAUGUACUAGCACAGGAAAGCAUGAAUUUCUAAAGAGUUUUUUGAUAGCGAUAAAAGAGUGUAGUAUUGAACCAAAUUUUGUGUUUACAAAUAAAGAUUUUGUGAAAAUAAAUAUGAUAACUAAUGUGUGA